AUGCCCUCAAUAUGGAAUCGGCCUAAGGGAUUUCUUAGUAGAUGCUGCAGUCAUCCUGACGCCUCAUCUUCUGAAGAUGAAGCCACAAACCUACAGUCGGGCACAGAGCUUCCAGAACUCCCAUCUCAGAUUCGAUUUCCGAGUCAAUCUCAAGAUAAACAUCAGGAUUCCCCACUUAGCCACGUUGAAAGUACCCCACGAAUCACUUUUGAUGAGGUAUUGGGGUUACCUUCACGCGUAUCUCCGACUCCAGGGCCUCAUAUCCCAGGAUCUAUUCGACACAACCGAAAUGACAGCCACAGCAGCAAAUCGUCUCGGGAAAAUGGAGCUUCCCCCUAUCUUGUUCCCCAGUCAACAGGCAAGACAGGUCCAAUUAUGCCAGCCCGGUCGAGGCAUAGUAGCCAGCGUCCCAAGGUGAAACCCAAGGCGAGAUAUGGUGAACAUCAGCUGAAGGGAUUCCAACGCCGAAGAUGGAUUGAAGAUCCCAAUUUCGAAGGGUGCCCAUUUCAAAGAUCUACAUUGAGCUUCGACGAUCUGAAGAGAAAACUCGAAGAUCUAAUGAUCCCGCGCCGUGUUUUACAAAGCGACCGAGAGAUAAAAGAUCCAAAGAGAACCAAGAUCAUAACUUCAACACUUGAGAAAUGCAUAAAAAGACACAAGCUUCCAAAGAAUCCUUCGUGGGAUACCUCAACUGAAACAUCUUACCUGUCUUGGAACAUCCAAUUUAGUUUCUUUUCGUUCAUGGGUACCACUGGGCCGGGUGUCCUGGAGGUCUCUUUGAUGCAACGUAAUCCAACAGAAAAUUACGAAGCUGAUCCAGCGCCGCAUGUUUCUUCUACCCUUCAGGCUGUCUAUCAGCGUGAUUUUGAUCUUGAGACGCUUAAGUAUGUUUUGUUCACUACUGUCAAGAAUCCUGAUACGGAGGGGUUUGUCAAGGAUCAACUUUAUACCGUUAAGAAUAAUCUGACGUGGCCGCAGCUGGGGCAACGGAGUUGGUUUCAUGGGAGUGAUGAAUAUCAUGGUUUGCUAGGUACUGAAGUGGGUAGAAUUGUUGUAGCCCUUGUGUUAGGUGCUUUUGAAAGGGGGACUCACUACAUCUCGGAGAUUGCCAUUUGGAUGGGUGAUUCGGAUUUUCCUGGUAUGGAAUUUUCAAUCAAAAAGUUCUGA